AUGGAUUCUGAAAGUGAUCUUAAGCCUAUUGUACCACUUGCUGCUGCGGCUGCAGCUGGAAGUUUAAUGUUAUCAAACUGUGAGCAAAAUCCACUCGGAAAAUUAAUGGAACAGUAUAAUCGGCUAGCUUCAGAAAGCCGCAUUAUAACAUCUAAUGAAAAAUUGUCUAAGAAAGAUUCAAGAAGUACUGAAAGUAUUGCAGCAGCAGCAGCAGCGGCAGCUGCUGGAGCAACGUUUGUUGAUACAAUACCGUAUACAAAUGCCGCUGUUUAUCCGCCAUAUUCUUGGACAGCAGCAACCUCUACUCCAUGGUGGACAGCAGAUCCUGCAGGAACUUGGCCUUCAUUACCGUAUUCAUCAGCGGUUGGUACAGAAAAUGCUAGCACAAGCUAUUCUCCAUAUUUGGGCCCACAAUUUCAAGGUUUACUCUCAGCUGCUACUGUACCAGUAACUGCAGUUGUUGGUAGUAGUAGCGGAACCAGUAAUCAAGUAUCUAUAUCAAAUUAUAAUUCUAAUUCAACUAAAUCAUUAUCAAAAAUACUUGGUAAUGGUAAUUCAACAACACAUGCAGGUGGUGGCAAAUUGCCUGCACGAUCAAAUUGUGAAUGCCCAAAUUGUCAGGAAGCCGAAAGAUUGGGUGAGCUCUUGAAUUUACAUAUUUUUUACUUCUCUGAAAAACUUAUACAAAAAAAAUUCUUUACAGUAAAAUGCAAAAAUUAUACAAAAGUGGCAUAA